ACCUCUCCCCACUUCGUCUCAUUUCUUUCUCCUCUUUCAUGCUUCGACUUUCCCAAACUUCCUUCACAUCAUUCUCUUCUAGAGAUAGAAACUCUUCUCUUCAACCUCUUAACUCUUCUCUUCAACCUCUUCCUUUGAUUCUUAUCUUCUUUUCAUAGAAUCUUCCCGCACUCCUUGCGUGUGCGAAGGGGCAUGGCUCAGACGGGAAGACCCAACACACUGGCAGGGUUGAAGCUUGAGACGUCUUUUCAACAUCCACCUCGACCCCGAUGGCGGGGUGAGGUUGAAGGCGGAGGAGCGACGGAUGGCGAUCGUACAAACAUCUUUCACGAUUAUCACCCACCCCGUGGCGGUACUGAUCAAGACAGCAGUAUUCUGAGUGGCUUGCACUCGGCGACACCUCCUAUCUCCGUUCCGCGCCAUCAUGACCUUCACCAGCAAGACGAUGAAAAUGUCAGCUAUCCUCACAAACCAGAGGACGUGCAGGCCUCCCCGCUGGACAGCUUCUUGCAGGAACGCCGCCCGUCCAUCAGCUUUGACCCCAUCGUGGCCCUGGACUCGGGUCGACGCCUGCCACUCGAAGAGCCUCUGGCCGGCCGGCCUCAGAAGUUUCAGUCGCGAAGCUCGAGCUUGAGGAACACCCUACGGCAAGACGACGGGCCCGACGACAACGACCGUCAGUCCGAUCUCAGCUUCAGUCCUGAAAGGCAGCGGCGCCAUCGGCCCAUCCCUACCGGCUCUUCGCGCGGUAGCUUUCCGGAAGAAGAGGAAAGCGCCGUGGCUUCAGAGAUCGAGCAUCCAACCUCUCUCACAUCGAGAUCGACUGCUUCCCCAGUGACGGAAGAGAUUCGAACUCCAUCGGAGGGUUCGAGGAUACUCUCCUCGCCCAUCUGCAUGGCAUCACCUGUCCAGGCCUUUGCCUCGCUUGACGAUCGCAGCUCAUGGUCGGGCAGUGUUGUGACUCCAUUUGGAAGCAAGGCGCGAGGGCUCCGUCUUUCGACCCGUCAACGGUCGCGUAGAUCCACCGCCUCCAGCGGCAAGUCUCCUGCCAGCAUGUUUCUCUCCAUGUGGAGCGCCGGUGGUGAGGAGCCCGCACCGCAACCUGAUGAUGAAGGCCAGAUGGUUGGCACGGACUAUGUCCUUGGUAAACAAAUUGGCUUUGGAGGGUUCAGUACAGUCAAGGAAGCGUAUAAGGUCGAAGAGAACGGCAAGACCAAACAUCUUGCUGUCAAGAUCGUCAAAAAACAGGUGUCGGGCAAGAGUGAAAAGGAAAAUGAUGAGGUGCAAGCAGAGUUCGACCACGAAGUGCGGGUCUGGCGCUACCUCAGCCACCCCAACGUUUUGACCUUGGAUGCUGUGUACGAGACCGACUUUGCUACGUUUUGUUUUACCAAGCUCGCGAUUGGUGGUACUCUUUUUGAUCUCGUGCGCCAGAAUCGAGGCGGACUGGAUCUCAAACUUGCGAAAAAGUACUCAUAUCAGCUUGCUUGCGCACUGCGAUAUCUGCACGAAGACGCUCGGGUCGUUCAUAGGGAUAUCAAACUAGAGAACUGCUUGCUGGACCCCACCGUCUCUCCUGAUGGAACCGAGAUCUCCACACUGGUUCUCUGUGACUUUGGCAUGGCCGAGUGGAUGAGCACAGACAACGACGGUGCGUCUCCUGAUCCGUACGACAAUGUGGCGGAUCGUCCACCUCCAAAGAAUAUCGGACCAGCCGGGUCCAGCACCAGCGUCGCGGGAAGUCUUGAGUAUGCUUCGCCAGAGCUGCUUCUCUCCACCAAUGGCGUCAUCCACCCUUCGGUCGAUCUGUGGGCGUUCGGGGUCAUCGUGUACGCUGUUAUUGUUGGCUCCCGCCCGUUCCAGGACCCAUUCGCACCGCGGAUCCAGAACAAUAUUCUUAACGGAAACUGGAACCACCACGCCGUCCUGGGCGACGAUGAGAUGGAUGCUGAGACUCGGCAGGAGCGGGAGGAUGCGCUCGAGGUGAUCACCGGAUGUUUGCAAAUGAACCCCAACAAACGGUGGACCAUCCGGGAUGUACUUUGCUCGCGGUGGAUGCGGGAGUUCUCUCACAACGCUGACGGCAGCCCGACCGAGUCAAUCUGGAAACUCUGAGUGCGGGGCCGCAGCAAGCCUGUUCAACAUAAUGGGUGUUAUACUUAUGACUGUUAGAUGACCACGACUAGCGCUUUGUUUCAUAUGUGCUAGUUCUACAUCCUUG